GAAACCAAAAUGCAACGUCGCUAUUUAUUUCACUUACACAGCGAAAGAUUGCGACUUUUGUUUACCCCUUCUAAUUUGCGCUUUGCUUUUGAGCAACGUGCAACCAUCUCUCUUGCCUUUUAUUUGUUUUCUUUUGUUUUGUGUGCUGCUUUUGCGGCAUUUUGCCUUCAUGCCAUUUUUCUGUUUACGUGGUACGGUACGUGUCUGCUCUGGUGGAUUGACAGCGAUCUUAUACUAAAGGUGUUUGAUCAUAGACGGGCCAGCAUUCAAGACCUUGGUGGAAGUUCAUCGGUCGUAGUUGUAAUCCCUAGACAUACUUCCAUGACCUCAACUUCUAUACCAACAACUGCCAUGAAUAUACACGUAAAUGCCAACACGCUGAAAUACAUCAGCUUAAUUACAUUAACAUUGCAAAAUGCGAUACUUGGACUUAGUAUGCGAUAUGCACGUACUCGACCCGGUGAAAUUUUUAUCAGUUCUACAGCCGUGCUUAUGUCCGAACUGGUUAAACUGGUCACCUGUCUAGCGCUGGUAUUCAAUGAGGAGGGUAAGGACGCACAAAAGUUUGUGCGCACUCUACACAAAACUAUUAUUGCGAAUCCUGUGGACACUCUGAAAGUGUGUGUUCCAUCUCUAGUGUACAUUGUACAAAAUAAUUUACUAUAUGUAUCAGCCUCGCAUCUGGAUGCGGCCACUUAUCAAGUGACCUACCAACUAAAAAUUCUCACCACAGCCAUGUUUGCAGUUUUCAUUCUACGUCGGCGUUUAAUACAUACGCAAUGGGGAGCAUUGGUGUUGCUUAUUGCUGGCGUUGUGAUGGUGCAAUUGGCGCAGACAGUGGAAGAUAAAGUGGGAACUGCCCCACCAACUGGACCGGAACAAAAUCGUUUGCUUGGUUUGUGGGCAGCACUUGGUGCAUGCUUCCUAUCUGGCUUCGCUGGAAUAUACUUUGAAAAAAUUCUUAAAGGCGCCGAUAUAUCCGUGUGGAUGCGUAACGUGCAACUCAGUUUGCUAAGUAUACCAUUCGGCAUACUUACCUGCCUCAUCAACGAUGGCCGACAAAUUACGAAAGCCGGUUUCUUCAAUGGCUAUGACUUAUUCAUUUGGUAUUUGAUAUUCCUACAGGCGGGUGGUGGCCUUAUUGUUGCUGUCGUUGUUAAAUAUGCUGAUAAUAUAUUAAAAGGAUUUGCCACCUCCUUAGCUAUCGUCGUUUCAUGUGUUGCUUCUAUCUAUAUUUUCGAUUUCAAAUUGACGAUGCGCUUUGCAUUCGGAGCUGGGCUGGUAAUUGCGUCCAUAUUCCUCUAUGGCUAUGAUCCUAAGAAAGCUUCUACAAACUCUAAACAAGCACCCGCAUCUAUUCAAUCGGAAGAUGAGGAGAAACUCUUGCCCAGAGUUUAAAUAUCGGUGUUAAGAACAGUAUUCGAAAUUUUGAUUUUUAAGUAACUGAAUCCAGACUUAACAACUUACUGGUUAAAAUAUAUAUGGGGCAUUCUUCGCCAACCGGACACCCCCAUCUGCCCAGAACAGUUUUUAUAAAAAAAAUUUUUCCCUAUGCCGAAAUAAAAGCUUAUGUCAUGUACUUUAAUUUGUCAUGUGGCACUUUUUAAAUAUUCAAGAUGGACGACGAAUAUUGACAUGAUGCUCGGGGGUUUGUGGGUUCGCUGCUGAAUAUAAAUAUUGAAGGAAAUUGCUGAAAUUGGAAUUUUUUUUUCAUAAUACAGGAUUUUUUCCACAGUAAAACUUUUUUUUCUUCUGGAGAAUUGGAAAAUCUUUUAAUAAUCACUUCCUUUUUGUUUGAGAUUUGGAAGGAAUGGCUUUUUAGUAUUUCUGGUACUGGUGCUGCAGACUCGAAUCUUUUGUUAAGCUUCCAACAUAUUUGUCAAUAUUCGUCGUCCAUCUUGAAUAUUUAAAAAGUGCCACAUGACAAAUUAAAGUACAUGACAUAAGCUUUUAUUUCGGCAUAGGGAAAAAUUUUUUUUAUAAAAACUGUUCUGGGCAAAUGGGGGUGUCCGGUUGGCGAAGAAUGCCCCAUAUAUAGAAUUAAUACAAUAAUUGUUAAUAUUCACGUCACGAAUUUUAAUUAAGUUUUUAUGUAGAACUAAAGCAUAUUUUUUAUGCAACUAAGAGUAAUUAUUUACUUAAGUAUCUUAAAAAGUCUUUCAAUUUACA